AUGCAGCAGGGUUGGUUAUCUAAUUGGCUAGUCAAACAUAAGGUGGUUCAUAGAUCUUUGGGCUUUGAUCACCGAGGAAUAGAGACUUUACAAAUAAAAGCGGGGGAUUGGGAUUCCAUUGCUGUCAUUUUAUACGUAUAUGGUUACAAUUAUUUACGCUCCCAAUGUGCUUAUGAUGUAGCACCCGGUGGAUCUUUAGCUAGCGUGUAUCAUCUUACGAGAAUACAGUAUGGCAUAGAUAACCCAGAAGAAGUAUGCAUAAAAGUCUUUGCCCAAAAGGAUAAUCCUAGAAUUCCGUCUGUCUUCUGGAUUUGGAGAAGUGCCGAUUUUCAAGAACGCGAAUCUUAUGAUAUGGUGGGAAUCUCUUAUGAUAAUCAUCCGCGCCUUAAACGUAUCCUAAUGCCUGAAAGUUGGGUAGGCUGGCCCUUACGUAAGGACUAUAUAACCCCCAAUUUCUAUGAAAUACAAGAUGCUCAUUGA